GCCCCACCCAAGAAACAGUGAAUUUGAGAAAGUGAGCGGUUCAGUUCAACAAGUGUAGCCUGUGUAUGUUGAGAAACGCUUUGCAACUUAUAGGAAGCGAAGUACAACAGGAACGCCUAUCUGGAUACACGCAGUAAAGCUGUGAACUUCAUUUCCCGACGACACGUCUGUGAGACGUUAACCCGGCGAUUUCUUCCUUUAGAAUUGUCGUACGCACACUUGUCACAAUGGCAAACACAGAUGUAAUAUCCUACGAUGAACUCAAGGCUCUCCAAAAGAAGAGUUCCAAUCUUCUGGUAAUCGAUGUGCGCUCCAAAGAGGAGGUGGAUAAAGGGGCUAUUCCGGGAACCAUAAACAUUCCUGUGGACACCGUAGAGACCGAAUUGAACCUGGACCCAGAAGCUUUCCAGGCGAAAUUUGGGGUCCGGAAACCGCCACCUGAUGCUCAAGAUUUGGUUUUCCACUGUCAGAUGGGUCGCCGUGGAGGGGUUGCGACAGAAAAGGCGCGGAGCCUUGGAUUCAAAAAUGCCCGCAACUAUGCUGGUGGGUACAAAGAGUGGUCCGAGAAGGAGGGGAAAUAAAUGGAGCAGCUAAAAUCAACAUUGUUAUCUGUACUGUAAUGAAGAACAAAAAGCACUGAGCAUAUUAAUGAUGCUGUUAUCAUUUUUUGCUAUUUUAUAUUUGUCAAUAUGUGGAAUCACUCCAAACACAUAAAAUAAAAGCUUUGAGAAGUAUAUUUA